AAUGGCUUCAAAUGUCAUUGCAUGUCUGAGUCCCACCAGAGGCAGUUGCUGCUGGCUUCUGAAAAUCCUCAGCAAUUCAUGGAUUACUUUUCCGAGGAAUUUCGAAAUGAUUUCCUGGAACUGCUUCGGAGACGAUUUGGAACAAAGAGAGUCCACAAUAAUAUUGUGUACAAUGAAUAUAUCAGUCAUCGGGAGCACAUCCACAUGAACGCCACACAGUGGGAGACACUGACUGAUUUUACGAAGUGGCUGGGGCGAGAAGGUCUUUGCAAGGUUGACGAGACUCCAAAAGGCUGGUACAUUCAGUAUAUCGACAGGGACCCAGAGACUAUUCGCAGGCAACAAGAACAGGAGAGGAAGAAGAAGCAAGAUCUCGACGAUGAAGAAAAAACUGCUAAAUUCAUUGAACAACAAGUCAGAAGAGGUUUGGAGGGGAAAGAAAUGGAAAAGCCAGUUUAUACCGAACUGAACAGAGAAAAUGAAGAAGAAAAAGUUACAUUUAAUUUAAACAAAGGAGCAAGUACUUCAAUAGCAGCAUCUUCUAAAACAAGCAGUGUCCUUGGACCAAACGCACUGAAGAUGGUGGAAGGGGCAGUUAAAAGAAAAGAACCAGCUCAUAGCUCAGGCCAGCCCAAAGAGAAAAAGAAGAAAUCUGCACUGGAUGAGAUUAUGGAGCUUGAAGAGGAGAAGAAAAGAACAGCUCGAAGAGACUACUGGUUGCAACCUGAAAUCGUUGUAAAAAUUAUAACAAAGAAGCUUGGAGAGAAGUAUCACAAGAGGAAGGCAGUUGUUAAGGAAGUGAUUGACAAAUAUACGGCAGUUGUGAAGAUGAUUGAUUCUGGAGAUAAACUGAAGCUUGAUCAGACGCAUUUGGAAACUGUGAUACCCGCACCAGGCAAGAAGGUGAUGGUGUUAAAUGGUGGAUACAGGGGAAAUGAAGGCAUCUUGGAAUCGAUCAAUGAAAAGAAGUUUUCAGCAACAAUAAUCAUCGACUCUGGACCUUUAAAAGGUCGCCGACUUGAAGAUAUCCAGUAUGAAGACAUUUCCAAACUUGCCUGAGGUGCCAGUUGUGGAUCGGAAAAGAUUUUGGUUCCCCAGAACAUCUUUCCGACAUCUUCUGAGCAGACACAAGACUCUACCAUGUCAGGGUUUUAAUUGUAUGUGUGUAUGUACUUAUAAUGUAUAUAGAAAUUAACCACAAGCAAAUGGGAUUUAUUUAAAGAUCGUUACGGAUUUGUUACAUAAAAUGUGUGCGGAGAUCUUAUCAGUGGAAAUAUUUCAUCUGAUUCUAUAGCGAAGUUAUAAUAUUUGGUUCCACUUCCUUUUGUAAAAUACAGCA